ACUUCCAAGUCUGGGCACCACUGAAAGAACCUGAAAAGGAUUUGGCCUUUUCUUAUCUUUUUGAAGACUAGUAACAACAACAAAAGCUUAGUGCUGAACACCUGAUUCUAAACUGAUGCUAUCGACACUAUGGCUGUAGGAGAAAAAGGGUUGGGGAAGGAAGUCUCCUCUCUAAAGGAAGACAUCUGGGAAAGAAGUAUCAACAAUUUCAAAGAGAAUUUUUGGGACAAAUACAUGUAGUAACUUCCCCGUGAGCUACGUGAAGGCUCAUCAGUACACAGAAGCCAGUUUCACAAAGCAAUUACAGAUUCUGAUGACGCAGCUAAAUACCGAAGAUGAGAAACAGAUUCCAUACAGAGCUGUCCUGUACGCUUAUACUCUUGAAAAAGCAGACAUCAGUUGAUAUAUAGGUUACCUAUACAAAUAACACAUUUUAAGAAGUUAAACUCCAAGGAACCGUUAGGUGGAAAUACUUUGCAGUCCGACUGGUUUAAUUGAAGCAGAAGUUGUAAGGAAGUCACGUCCAUUUACAUUUUGCCUGUGACUAUUGUAUAAACCUUUUAAAGAAAUAAAUGUCAGAAUUGGACAGCAGUUCAUCUUUAAUUGUGUAGUAUAUAAUUAGGGAAAAAGUGUGGUCUGGAGCCAUUAUGUGUGUGGACUUUUUCUCUUUUUUUGGAUUUCCAGAAGUCCCAGCUGUUUCAUUCUUUCUGUUGAUAAUUUUCUUUUUAGUAAGGCUGGAUUUACUUUGACUCUGCAGUCCUUUAGUUAAAGUAGUUUCACAUGAAGAGAGCGAAACUUUUGGAAUCUUUCAGUUUCUCUGCUGAGCCCAGAGAUUAACAUUCAUCAUGCUGAGAUUCGGGCAGCACAUCAUCAAGCCCUCCGUGGUCUUCCUGAAGACUGAACUCUCCUUUGCUCUUGUGAACCGCAAGCCGGUGGUCCCAGGCCAUGUCCUUGUUUGCCCGCUGCGUCCGGUGGAGCGUUUCCGCGACCUUUGUCCUGAGGAGGUGGCUGAUCUGUUUCGUAUGGCGCAAAGGGUUGGCAACGUGGUGGAGAAACACUUUGGUGCCACUUCACUCACCAUUUCAAUUCAGGAUGGCCCUGAAGCUGGACAAACUGUGAAGCAUGUCCACGUCCAUGUCCUCCCAAGGAGGGUAGGAGACUUCAGCAGGAAUGACGAUGUCUACGAGGAGAGAAAUGGGAUCAGCCCAGCUAUAGGAACAAAUCAGAAGUGGUUUGAAGAGUUCCCGUUAAGGGCAGCCAUUCCUCAUGAUCAUAUCCAUGUCCUUUACACCUAGACUUUGUCUGGAAGGUAA